AACAAUGCCAACCGGAAGUUGGGCUGUGAUGCAAUAUCCUGUCUGAACCCGUAGUGUCUUCUGCAGAAGGGCUGGAGUGGAAUACAGAAGUAUAGUCAUCAUGUCUGGAGAACUGGACCUUUCACCCCCCGAGGUUCCAGAACCCACCCUCCUGGAAAAUCUCUUACGUUACGGUCUCUUCCUGGGAGCCAUAUUCCAACUUGUGUGCAUCCUUGCGGUAAUAUUACCAUCCUCCAAGGCCCAUGACCAGGAGGAAGCAGAACCUGGUGAGACACAUGGCACAGAGCAGAUGAGAAAACCCAAAGGAUCCGUUUCUCAGGUCCGGCAGAAGCCAAAGAAAGAAAGCAAAAAGAAAAGAUAACUUGUGAAUGAGCUUGGGAAAAUAUGGAGUAAUGGGGUUGACAGCACAGAGAGGAUUUUGAAUUCAUAGUCCAUCUGAAUGAAACAAACAAACUAAUCCUCUUACAUUCCAUCAGCUGAAAACCUUCCAGUGAUGAUACACAAGCCAGUGUUGUUCUCUGGAUUUCCCAUCCACCAGGGAAAAAAAAAACAACUAAGGCUUCUUUUAAUACUGUAUUUAAGCUUCCAGACAUUUUAUAAGUUUUUCAAAUUAAAUUUCAUAAACUGGUCUUCAGUUAGAAAGUUCUGUUGUGUAGUAUAUGGCAGUAUUUCAGACACUGAUUCCUGAAAACCAAAAGUAGCAUUUCAUUUUCCAACAACCUUAAAUGUUAAAUGAAAACUGAAAAUUUGUGGAUGGAAGUCAUUAUCUCUUUAAACACGUGCACAUUCAGCUUUAUACGGUUAUUCUAACUCUUCUGUCUGCAUUCAUGUAAACAAUGCGCAUGUUUACUUGAGUAAAGGAACAAAUUGAAGAGAUCCAUUUUAACACUAAUUCUAUCUUGAUUUAUUUUUACAUUCUGCUUUGCUUUAUUACCUAGUCAAAUUACAUACUGUACAUUUUGAUGGUGUUUAAUUGUGUGGAUUGCUGGAUUGUUUGUUAUAUUUUGAAUCAGCUUUACAAUAAGAUUAUGUUGAAAACAA